AUGAAAGGGCUUUUUCAUGAUCCAGACAAGACCUUAGUACAAUGGCCUAAUACGGAAUUACAUGAAAGCAAAAUAAGAAAUUUAGCCAGUAGAGCAAAACAGCCUGAUUUCACAGUUUCUUUAAUACAUCAACAACAAAUUGAUUCAGUGAUUUUUGUUGGAGAAAUGAGAGAGAGAAAGAUAGAAAUCAUUCAAAGAACAAAAUAUUUAAGAAGUCGGAUACCACUAAAAGAUGUUGAAAACAUUGAUACUCGUGACUCUGCCAGAUCUAUAUCUCCACCUCCACAUCCCCCAAAAUCUCAACAACAACAACAAAAUUUGCCACCUCCUACUACUGCUUCCAAUACUGCUUCUUUAAUGGGAUCUUCAUCUCCUCAUAUACGUGAACCAAACAGAUCAAACUCACUGAGCCCUUCACCAACUCAACCAUCACAACAAAGCUCUUCUAAUAAAAAUAAAUCUGAUAAAAUGAGAUACGAACUCAAGAUAAAUGGAAUCAACAUCAAAACAUUAUUAGAAACAUAUCGGGAUGUCUCAUUAAAAAUUGGAAAAGAGAAACAACUGCUUGUUGAAUCAAAUACUUACGAAAUAUUAUCAUUAUCAUACAUCCUAUUGCUUAUUCCCAAUUCUUAUUCCAAAACAAUAAUAAGAUCAUUUGGCAUUACGAUAAUGAAAGGACUUUUUCAUGAUCCAGACAAGACCUUAGUACAAUGGCCUAAUACUGAAUUACAUGAAAGCAAAAUAAGAAACUUAGCCAGUAGAGCAAAGCAGCCUGAUUUCACAGUUUCUUUAAUACAUCAACAACAAGUUGAUUCAGUGAUUUUUGUUGGAGAAUAUUAUUUGAAUGAUAGUAACCAUAAUUCUUUGAGUGACAUUAAUGGAAUUUCUUUACAAAAGCAUUCAAUAUUUUCAAAUGAAACGAAUUUUAGUCCAAUAAAUAGCCAUUCCAAAUUAUUUUCUGAGUGCAAUGAUAUUUAUAAACAACCAAAAAAAUGUACUUUUGUACGUGAAUAUUGUGCUAAUCCCUCUUCCUUGGUCAAUUAUUUAAAGUAUUACUUUUGUGAUUUACAAAAUUGGCAAUUUUUUGCGCUGACAACUUUGUUUCUAUGGCUUCUAUUUUUGUUUGGAUUCAUUGGAAUCGCUGCCUCUGAAUUUUUUUGUCCAAAUCUAUACACGAUUGCUUCUAAAUUGAGUCUAUCCGAAAGUAUGGCCGGCGUAACAUUUUUGGCAUUUGGAAAUGGAUCACCAGAUGUUUUCAGUACUUUCAGUGCUGUGACACAUGGAUACGGCUCUUUAGCUAUUGGUGAACUUCUUGGAGCAGCAAGCUUCAUAACUUUUGUGGUGGCUGGAACUAUGGCGGUAAUAACACCAUUUCAUGUCACCAGAUUGCCAUUUCUACGUGAUCUAAUUUUUUUCACUAGUGCUAUCUCAUUUACCCUCAUGAUAAUAUAUGACGGAGAAAUUCAUUUAUGGGAAGGCAUCGUCUUGGUCUUAUUUUAUUUUACCUAUGUUGGUGCGGUGUUAUUUGUAGCUUGGUAUGAAAAGAAUGAAAAGAAUGAAAAUGAAGUUUUUGAUGCAUAUGGUUAUGACACAUCCAAUGAAACAGAACCUUUAUUAUCUGAUAAUCGAACUGAUAAUAUUAGUAGUAGGGAAACUUAUAUAGACCAAGAAUCACAAAGAUCCUUAACUCCAACUGAAUUCCAUCAAAAUAAGUCAGGUAGAAGUACAAGAUCAAUACAUCGAGGCGUGAGGCCUUCAUUACUUGGUGCAAUAGAGUUUCGUGAUGAUGUCAAUGCAGGAAGAUUUAGAUUACCUACACGUCACCAUAAUGAAUAUUAUAAUCGUCGACCAAAUAGACAAAUGCGUAGUACAACAAUGCCAUCAUAUAGUUCCAUUAAUGAUAAUCCAAGAAGAAAGUCAUGGUCUAGUUUUGCAGGUCCUGUUAAUCAAUCACUUGUAGAUGAUGAUUUAAACACCCCCCAAAUUAAUAUUAGUGCUCCAACAUUGGCAAAAAUUGAUGGAUCUUCCUCGUCUAGUUUAACCUCCAAUCUAAACAUUACAAAUUCUCAAGAUUCUGGUCUAAAUAAUAACAACGAUAAUGACGGCAACAGAGACAACGAAACAAUAAACAAUUUGAAUGUUCCGCAUCUAAUGGUGACUUCGUCACUGUCAAAUAAAAGAGCUGCUCUUUUGCCUGAAUCAUCAAUACGUUCAUCACCACCCUCAUUGUCACCAAAAGCUCUACCAGUUAAUGAUACUGCUCCAGUAUCUCCUUUGUUUUUAGAAUCAAGAUAUGGGUUAAAUGGUGGAACAUCAUGUACUUCACCUAGUGCAUCACCUUCAUUUCCUCAUGUCACCAAUGACGAAUCAACUUGGUUGACAAAGGUGCAAGAAACUUUAUUUCCUUCAGUUACAGGAUUUUCACAGAAAUCUUUUUUUGCAAAAUUAACAUCAUUAAUGGCCAUUCCUGCCAUCCUUUUGCUUACGCUUACAUUGCCUGUUGUGGAAACAAAUGACCCGACUUCAGAAGAAAAUGAAAACAAGAAUGAAAAUAAUUUAGAACGUCCUUCUAUUGUUAUUGAUAAUGAUGCAAAUACAGGCAUAAGAGAUGUGAAAGAGGAGGAAAGGACAGAUGGUUGGAAUAAACGGUUGACUUCCAUACAAUUUCUAUUUGCACCAAUAUUUAUAUCAAGUGUUUUAUUUGCUGAUGAUGAUUCAAUUGUUACUACUGUAUCAUAUGCUUUCAUUUUUGGAUUGGCUUCAUCAAUCUUUUGUUUUUUAUUUACAGAUAAGAAUAAACCACCAAAAUUUUAUUCAUUACUUUGUUUCAUGGGAUUUGGUGUUGCAAUGGUUUGGAUAUUUCUUAUUGCAAAUGAGGUAGUAGGUCUACUUCAAGCUGUAGGUCUAAUAAUUGAAGUAUCUGAUGCUAUACUUGGACUAACAAUUUUUGCAAUGGGAAAUAGUUUAGGAGAUUUUGUUGCUAAUAUUACUACUGCAAAAAUGGGUUCACCAAUGAUGGCUAUAAGUGCAUGUUUUGGUGGGCCUAUGUUAAAUAUUUUAUUUGGAAUUGGUAUUAGUACAACUUAUACAACAAUUACAACCGGACAUUCAACUAAGAUUAACAUAGAUAUAAAUUUAUUGGUUUCAGUAUUUGGACUAUUAAUUGGAUUAUGUUCAGCUUUAAUUUAUUUGCCUUAUAAUGGUUAUCAUAUGACAAGACCUUGGGGAUAUUAUUUAAUUUCAAUAUAUGUUGUUUGUAUGAUAACAAAUCUCAUAAUAGAAUUCAAUUCUAUGCAUUCAACUCCUGCUGAUAUUGCAUUGGUUUGA